AAAAAAACUUGUGUUACAACAAAAAUCCAUAUAAUAUGUCCAAAAUUUUUUUCUUAUUCAUCAUGAUGCACAAAAACAAUGGCGGAUCCCUUUAACCAUGAAAACAAUGCUGUUGCUUCUUGGUUCUACGGCCCACAUGCCGAAAAUAACCAUUGGGUUCGCAGAUUUUAUGAUAUGAUAGUCGAUGAGCAUAAGAAAGCAAGGCAAGGCUAUUUCCCACUUGACCCCCAAUUCAUCACGGAACAAAUGAAAAAGUCGGUCGAAUACGAGAAAAAUAUGAAUAACCUCUCGGAACAACUUACUCUCCUUUCCAAAGAGCUAGCACGGAAGACGACACCAUUCUGGUCGCCACGUUAUAUGGGCCAUAUGAGCAUGGAACCAACUAUGCCUGGCCACCUUGGCUAUAUAGCUGCUCUGCAAUAUAACCAGAAUAACGUAGCUAUUGAGUCAUCUCCGUUGACCACAUGGCUUGAAAUAUUUGCCGGGAAGCAGCUAUGUGAAAUGCUUGGUUUUAAUGUUCAAUGGGAACCAAGAUACGAUGAAAACUGGGAUCCAGAUUUAGAGAAAAUGCCCAAAAUCCUUCCCAAGAUCCAAGGAUGGGGUCAUAUCACCUGCGACGGUUCAGUAGCAAAUUUGGAAUCUAUUUGGGCAGCACGUAACCUCAAAUUUUACCCACUCUCCCUCCGCCUGGCUAUCGAUGAUGGUUCUCUAUCCUUCAUUGGCCCAAGCUUCAAAGUUGAAUUAGCAGACGGAAAAAUAAAACUCCUCAAAGAUUGUUCAACCUGGGAAUUGCUUAAUCUCAAACCAACAACGAUACUUGAUAUCCCUGACCGUUUAAGUAAAGAAUAUGGAAUGUCACCAGACUUUUUGCAGAAUGCGCUUAAUGACUACAUCAUCCAAACUAUUGGCAAGGAAUACCUGGAGAAAAAGUUUGGGAUUGAAAACCCUAUUUUAUACUUUGCAAGUGCGACCAUGCAUUAUUCAUGGCCUAAAGGUUGUGCUAUUACAGGAAUUGGUUCAAGAAAUCUGAUACCGGUACCUGUAGACAAUGAUGCACGCAUGAAUUUGAAGAAACUUGAAAAGUUUCUUGAAAAAUGUGUCAAAGAUAAACAAGCUAUCUAUGCUGUUGUAGCAAUUAUAGGAUCAACAGAACAUGGUGCCUGUGAUCCUUUGGAUGAUAUUAUAAAGCUUCGAAAAAAGUAUGAACGUUAUGGACUCAGUUUCGUCAUUCAUGCAGAUGCUGCAUGGGGUGGAUAUUUCCGUUCUAUGCUUGUAAAACCACCUAUUGGCUCGAAAUCUGGCGAUCGUUUAGAGGGCCAUGAAGAAAGUCGUGAUUCAUUCGUACCUAUGCUGGCACUUAAGCCUUAUACCGAAAAACAUCUAGAAAGUUUGAAAUAUUGCGACUCUGUCACUGUUGACCCUCACAAGAGCGGUUACGUUCCUUACCCAGCUGGUAGUUUAUGUUAUCGUAAUCGACAUAUGAGAUAUUUAAACACAUGGAAGAGUCCGGUUAUAGUUCGGCCUAAUGAAGAAGAAAGUAUUGGCAUUUACGGUGUGGAGGGGAGCAAAUCAGCUGCAGCUGCAGUAGCUACUUGGCUUUCUCAUGAUAUAAUUGGCCUCCAUCAGAAAGGUUAUGGAUUAUUGUUGGGACAGGCGACUUUUUCUAGCAUAAAGCUUUAUUGUCAUUGGGCCACCAUGUCAACCGAUGAUGAUAACUUUAUUGUUACUCCAUUUAACAUGCUACCUACUGAAAAUUGUUUUCUACCAAAUCUAGAAAAAAUAAAAGAAGAAAAACAUCUUAUCCGUACAUUAAUUGUUGAGAAAUCAAAUCAUGAGAUUAUAGAGUGUGAUCCUGCCAAGGAACUUAUAAAGAAACUUGGAUCUGAUCUCAUGGUUAAUACCUUCGCAUGUAACUUUAAGUUGAAGGUUAAAGAAAACAGCGAGGAGGUCCUUAAAUUGAACGAAGAUAUUAAUGAAGCAAAUUACCUCAACCAACGUUUAUAUGAAGAAUUUUCACUUACUAGUUCCAAGGACACAAAUGAGAAAAAAUUUUUAAUUUUGACUUCAACAAAAUUCAAGAAGGAAAAUUAUGGUAAUUGCCUGAAAAAUUUCAAGAAUCGUCUUGGCCUAAAAGGCGACCAGGACCUCUAUGUAUUAAUUAACGUUGUUAUGUCACCUUGGGUCACCGAAUUUGAUUUCCUCAAUGAACUAAUGAAAAAGUUUCAAAGCACAUUACAGGAUCUUGCUAAGCUUUUAGUUUUUCGUAAUACGAUUGAACCAGACUAUCAUGCGUUUGUGAUACAAGGUACCGAUAAACUUUAUUUCACGCAUUUGCCAAUGUUCCAAAUGGAAAACCACCGUCAGCAGGUGAUAUUCACAGCAGAACUGCCACAAAAUAUAAAGGAGGAUUAUAAGAAAGCUCGCAUAAAACAUCCAUCACGUGUGUACUUCCUUGGUAAUAAAAAUAAAAUGACACUAGAAGAAAUUGUAUGUAAUGAAAAUUCUUUUGAAGGAGUUAUCUACAAAGGAUUUGAUUCGAAUGAUCAACCCAUUUCCUUUAUUGAAAAAUUUAAAGUAACUGGCGUUAAAGUGCUAAAGAAGCGGCAUCUGGCCACAGUAUUCCAAGAUGCUAACUAUCCAAGAGAUCGUAUGCCAUUUUAUAUUUAUGGUACAGAACAACAAUUGCAUAUUGACCACAUACUCCUCAAAUAUCCAUCUAUUCAACUUUCAGCCGAUUGUGUUGAACUAAAACUCACUCAAGGCAUUUUAACACAAAGCCAGAGAGAAAAAGGAGCUAUUCUUCACAUUACUGAUUAUUAUGAAUAUACAAUGCAACCAUUUCCAGAAAUCAAGAAACAUGGAAGUUCAUUCUUCUUUCAAGAAGGACGUGAAUUUAACGUGGAACUUUAUAAAGAUCCGGUAUUUGAUCCAAACCAGAAUGGGCCGGGUUUAGAUGAUGUUGAUAGUAAUACCCCAUUUGCUAGAGGGACAAUCAGAUUGCCGCGUAAAGAUGAGGCCGGAUGUUUAUUUAUCGAUUCUUAUUCGAUUAAUAAGGAUCCCACAGCAAAAUAUAAAGUUAAGGAUGGUGAAAUCAGAGAACGCCCACUGGAUAAACCAUUUGAUAAAUAUUACUAUGACAAGACCAAGAAAAAAAAUAUAGAAGAACAAGAAACGGACAUUAAAAAUGUGGAUGAACAGAAUACGGAGAUUAAUGUUACGGAUGAGCAAAAUACGAAGACCGAGGAAAGAAAAAAUAUAGAAGAAACGGAUAUUGAAAAUGCGGAUGAACAGAAAACGGAGAUUAAUGUUACGGAUGAGCAAAAGACGAAGACCGAGGAAAGAAAAAAUAUGGAAGAAACGGACGUUAAAAAUGUGGAUGAACAGAAAACGGAGAUUAAUGUUACGGAUGAGCAAAAGACAAAGACCGAGGAAAGAAAAAAUGUGGAUGAUCAGAAAAUGAAGAAGAUAAAAACAGGGAAUGAGGAAGAAAAUAAUGAUUUAAAAGGGGAACCAAAUCCAUGAGUGAACAGGGGAAGGAAGUUGAAGGGAAAAAAUAAUGUAGAUGAACAACAGAAGGCUAAGAAAGCAGACGUGGAACCAUUGUUAUAAGGAGGGAUAAAAUCAGGCUGCAUAAUAAGCAAAUGAAAAUGUUAUACUUCUAUACUAAACUUUUCUCAUUAUUAUGUAUAUUGAAUGCAAGAUUAAAAUUUGCUGUAAAAUAGCCUAAUAAAAAAAAUAUUUUAUACCAAUUCAAUAAUCAUCCAUAGUUUAUUCUUAAUAAAUUCGCGUAGUAUUCGCGGCCCCGACAGUUUUACCUCUCAUCAGAACUUAUAUAAAGGCAUUUAUAUAAACUUUUUGAAUUAGGUUAUUAACCGCAUUAAUCCAAUAAAAUUAAUUGACGGAAAGCGUUAAUUAAAAGAUCAAAUUUCGUCAUUUAUUUUGAAAU